GUUGCUUCAGCGUUGCUGGUUUAUAGAAGAUAUUGCUCCUAAUAUUCCUCUGAUUUAUGCCUGAAACACAGCGCGCCAAGGAGCUACAACCACUCAUGGCAAAUCUAGUCGAUGAAAGCACGGAGCACAUGGAGCGAGGGAAACAAGCACCUUCACAUCAGAAGAUAAAAGCAAAGCUCAUCCAUUGGAUUUCUUACAUUGCCGGUGACAUGACAGCGUUUGGUGAAUGGAUGAAAGGUCAGUUUAUCAUGCUGCAGAUUUUGGACUGGGUGUUGCGUGGGGCGGCUCAGGUGAUGUUUGUGAAUAACCCUCUCAGUGGACUUAUCAUCUUUGCUGGACUCAUUCUUCAGAACAGAUGGUGGGCACUGAACGGUUUUGUCGGCACAUUGUUUGCAACAAUCUCUGCUCUCAUCCUCUGUCAGAACAGAGGUGCUAUCGCAGCGGGUCUUUAUGGAUAUAAUGGAAUCUUGGUUGGCCUUCUGAUGGCAGUUUUCUCGAGUGCAGGAGACUGGUACUGGUGGCUUCUUCUUCCAAACAUCUUCAUGUCAAUGGCAUGCCCCAUAGUGUCAAGUGCCUUGGCCUCCAUUAACAGUCGGUGGGACCUGCCUGUUUUCACCCUCCCGUUUAACAUCCUUGUGUGUCUACACAUGGUGGCCACAGGACACUACAACCACCACUUCCCACAGGUCCUCAUCCAGCCACGCACGUCCCUGCCCAAUAUCACCUGGUCCCAGAUGGAUUACGCGAAGCUUUUCCGCUCGAUCCCUGUGGGAAUCGGACAGGUGUACGGCUGUGACAAUCCCUGGACGGGGGGGAUAUUCAUGAUUGCCUUGUUUAUCUCCUCACCCAUAACAUGUGCGCACGCUACCAUCGGAUCAGCCGUUGGUAUGGUGUCAGGUCUUGCUCUGGCCGCACCGUUCGAGAACAUCUACUUUGGUUUAUGGGGUUAUAACUGUGUUUUGGCAUGCAUCGCGAUCGGAGGGAUGUUUUACGCUCUUACGUGGCAGACACAUCUUCUGGCCGUGGCCUGCGCAUUCUUCUGUGCAUACCUGGGCUCGGCGAUAGCAAAUGUGAUGUCUACUUUUGGACUCCCAGCAUGCACCUGGCCCUUCUGCCUGUCUGCCCUCACAUUCCUCUUGAUCACUACGGAGACCAGCGCCAUUUAUAAAUUGCCUCUUGCUAAGGUCACCUACCCUGAGAAAAACCUGAUAUAUUUCUGGAAGAUGAAGAAAGAGGAGAGGGCCGGUGAGGAGAAGAAAACACAAGAGAUGCAAUUGAAAGACACUGAGCUAAAGAAAGAUGAUGAAAUAUCUGUCACGGUGGAAUAGUGUGAAGGAGCACCCUGUGGCCGUACAGGAAAAGGACGACACUAAAGGUCUUUGCACAUACAGUCCGAAAUUUUCGUAUGCGUUUUUUCGUAUUUGGCUCUCGUUUGUACGGUGUCUCUGAAUUGUUAUGAAAGGCCACUCAAAAUGCUUGACCGAUGCGAAAAACGCAGAAAAUCGAACCCAGUCCGAAUUUUUUAUGACGGACGAAAAUAUCGGAGGCAGUGUGUAAAUGUGAUUGACACAACGUGAGGUCGUAUUUAUUUUUUAACGUGCGGAAAUUUCGGACGCAAAUUUCGGACUCAAUGUGCAAUGGGCUUAACUGAGAGAAUAUAACACAGAGUACAAACCUGGACCAGACUGAAGUAUACAUUUCAUUACUGUGUUAGAGUUUUUGCCAUUUAUAAUGUGAACGGUUGACGCAAGUGUCAAAUAUUUGUCACUUUUCAGAAACACUAUUUUUAUGUAGUUUUUUAAAGAUCUUUGAAUGAACAAGCGGAAUCUUUUUUUUAAACGAAUGCAGCAACAUUAAAAUAUGAAUGCAUGCACAAACAAAAAUAAUGCAUGUUAACUGGCAAUUAAAAUGAUUUUUUGGUCGUAUUUCAACAAUUUAUAAAUGAGAUCUGGCUGGCGACCAACAUUCCUAUGAUUGACGUCAAAAACAAAUAGCUCUGUACACACAGUAUUAUAGAUGCCUUUAGCUUCAGUGUCACCUGCUUGGAUUAAGAAAUGGUUUUUUUCUUGUAAUGUAUGCUGUACUUUAGGGAUGUGAAUAGAAAUGUAUAUUUCGACGACUGGUCAGUGUUUUAAUCAUCUGUAAUAAUGGUUUUGUGUUUUUGGAAAAUUACUUUUAUAAACUUCCAUAAAUUGACGGCGAAUUGUAAAUUUUACAUAACUAUAUUUUUCAUAUGAAUACACUUUUGAAGACUUUCUAAUAAAGUGCACUCUA